AUGGGUGUUGGGGAAAUGGGUGUCGCUAUGGUAAUGUCAAUCAGAAUGACUCCUCCCCUUCCUCUGAUCUUCCUUCUCAUUGUUCACGGAGGUUCAAGUACUGAAUGGAAUGUUAAAUACAGUCCUUCACACAUCUGUGCACUGAAGAACUCAUCAGUGACAAUGAGCUGCACUUAUACAUACCCUGCUGGACAUCAGAUCAAGAAUGUGUUUUGGACCAAAACGACAGAUAAAAGGGAUGAUGAAGAGUUUCCAGAUCUGUCUGUGGACCCUGAAUACAGUCAGAGGCUUCAGUAUCUGGGAGAUAAUCAGCAGAACUGCACCGUCAGACUGAGUCAUGUGACAAAGGAAGAUGAACGCAUGUAUUAUUUCAGAUUCAUUACUGAUAAAAAUGGCAAAUGGAUUGGUAAAAUUGGAGUGCGUCUCUCUGUCACAGAUCUUCAGCUGGAGUCUCCUGAGAGAGUGACAGAGGGAGAUUCAGUCCGUCUGACAUGUAGAAGCAGCUGUAAACUGACUGACACACCAACAUUCAUCUGGUACAGAAACUCACAGAGAUUGACUGAGAAAACUAUUGAAAAACUCAUCCUUGAUCCAGUGAGAAGAGAAGAUGCAGGCAGAUAUAGAUGUGCUGUACAUGGACACACACUCACAUCACCUGACAUAAAUCUUAAUGUCACCUACCCACCCAGGAACGUCUCAGUGUCCAUUAAUGGAUCUGCUGAAAUAGUGUCUGGAGAUUCAGUGGGUCUGAUGUGCAUCAGUGACUCAAACCCUCCUGCUCUGAACUUCAGCUGGUUUGAGGAGAAUCAAAGCUCAGCUGUUGGAUCUGGACAGAGUUUCAGUGCAGUACAGAGUGGACGCUUCUACUGUGAGGCUCACAAUCCACAUGGAGCUCAGAGAUCAGACGCAGUCACUGUCACUGUUAAAGGUCCUCCAGUGCUAUUCUACAUCUCCAUUGGGGUGGUUUGUGGAGCUGCGGUUUUCAUCACAAAGGGGAUCAUUUGGGGAAUCAGGAGGAUGAAGGAGAGAAAAGCCAAACAACAGCAGAAUCCUUCCAGACAUCAGGAUGACAAACGUAAAGCUUGUGAUGUUGAUUUAAAUCAGCCUGUGUAUGAGAAUGCUACAGCUUUUCAAAUCAACAAAUGUGAACCUGAACUGGACUCUUCUGUGUAUGAAAACCUUCCAAGCCAAGAGAGGAUCAUCCUAGCGGCUCCCCUGGGCCCAAUUGGACCUUGUAAAAGGCAAAUGGCCAAAACAGAUCAACUGGAGCUUGAGAAGAUGUCAUGA